CUUGUGCGCACUCAGCGGACCAAAGAAUGAGGCGAACAAUGGGCAGGACGAAAAUGUGGAUUAAUUCUAUCUGAAUGCGAAACGUUUUUUUCCGAAAAAUGAACUUGCUGUUAGGUCGAUGGAUUAUUUUGUCCAUAACAGUCUGUGUGUGUGCGGGGGUGCAGGUGAGCGUUCGGGAGAAGAGGCGUUUCGCCAUGCUCUUCCAGUCGGUGGUGCUCGAGUGCCAGUACCACACGCCUUCCUCCCAGACCCCUGUGGUGCAAUGGUGGUACAAAUCCUACUGCCGCGACCGCACACGAGACUCCUUCACCUUCCCCGAGAGCCUGAGGGUCCAGGGGUCCGAGUUGGGCACCGCGGCCCACCUGGAGUGCUCCGACAGCAGCCGCACCGUCCGCAUCGUAGCCUCCAGCCAAGGACCCUCCAUGACGCUGGCUGAGCACUACAAGGGCCGAGACAUCGCCAUCGUCAACAAGGCGGACCUGCGGAUCGGGAAGCUGCAGUGGGGUGACAGCGGUGUGUACUUCUGUAAGAUAGUCAUCGCUGACGACCUGGAGGGGAAGAACGAGGGACAGAUGGAGGUACUGGUGCUGGGUAGGACAGGUGUGCUGGACGAUCUCCUGCCAGAGUUUGAUGUGGAGAUUAUGCCAGAGUGGGUGUUUGUGGGAUCUGUAGUCCUGGGCAGUAUCUUGUUCCUUUUGUUGAUGGGGAUCUGCUGGUGUCAGUGCUGCCCUCACUCCUGCUGCUGCUACCUCCGCUGCUGCUGCUGCCCCGACACCUGCUGCUGCCCACGCCACCUGUAUGAGGCGGGGAAGAUGGCAAAGAGUGGCCAGCCCCCCCAGAUUGCUGUGUACCCCCCCUACUACAUCCCUGGGGUCCCCACCAUGGUCCCGUUUGCCCCUCCAUCCCUCGCGGACCCUAAGAUGGUCUCCUUCCCCUCAGUGGAGAAGAACCUAGCUGGGGUACGCAGUGGCUAUCGUCUCCAGCCCAAUCACAGUCAGGACUCUAUGAAGGUUCUGUACUACGUAGAGAAGGAGCUGGGACAGUUUCCCUCUGCUAAGAUGGCUCCUCCACAAUCAGCCAGUAGCCUAUCAGAGCUCAGCUCUCUGCAUGAGGGAGGGGACACGGAUUUCCGGCGGACCUAUCGGACAGUCCAGAUGAAAGCUCUCCCGCCCAUCGCCGACCUAGAUGACCAAUCAGAACUCAUGGCAGCUCCCGUGCACAACAGUCGUCGACCCAGGCAUUACCGUGGCAACGACACGGAUGACGAACAAGACAGCAGGUGGAACCCUCGCUCUGUGCACCUGGAGAGGAAGACAUUGGGCACAAGGGGGCGUACCGGCUCUCUGGAUGAGCUGGAGGAGUUUGCUAUAUCCUACGGCCCCCGUGCCCGGAGGGGCGAGCCCCGAGACCAGGACAGGGACUACGACCUGGAGCUACGGGGGCGAGAGCACUACCCUCCCUACUGGGACCACAGCCCCCCUCGCCAUUUCCAUGGAGACCGGGACAACGACUGGCACCCCCGCCGCAGCCCCCCUCCCUCGCCGCAGAAGAGGAGGGACACGUGGGAUGGCGAUCGCGAUCGCCCCUCUCGCCCCCACCAGCACGCCCAGGGGGGGAGGGGUUACGAUUACGCUUUCCUUAAUGACCUAUUGGAGCGUAAGGUGAGGGGGGCAGGAGAGAGGGGGGAGAGGGGUGAGAGAGGAAAGUGGCGGGCUGAUGAGGAUAGUGACACUCCCUCCAAGGGCAGUUCGAAGGGCAAGGGCAGCGAUGGUUUCUACAGCCAGUCAUCUAGCAACCGGCCCGAGGAGGAGGACUCUUUGCCUCCGUACUCAGAGUGGGAGGUGGAAAGGUAUCGGACGGUCGACCCAACCGCUGAACGUUACCGCACUGUCGAACCACCCUCAGACCGGUACCGGACCACUGACCCGGCCAUGCAACCGUUCUCCUAUACCCGUCCCCCUAAAGGACUGGCACACACCGUACAGGGGGACAGAGAGGACAGGGACCAGAACCGAAAUAUGACCCCUGCUCUGAGCAGAGACUCUCUCAUAGUGUGAUACACCAGAGAGAACCCAAGCCUGUACCUGCACUGCACUGCCAGUAUUGAGAAUCACGCAUCACUCACUUAAAACAUCAUGCAUCAGCCUGGUAGAGACUAACUGCACAUCAGGCAUCAACCACAUGGAGAAAGGCUUAUCCAAUAGAAUGCUUCUAUCCACAGAAGGAUUGGAAGGCACCUUGCAUGGAUCAUGAAAUGACAAUGGAAUGUGCAUUGUUUAUGCAUGAAUUGAGGAACAUUUGGAAAAUAUGAUUGUUUGUAUGUGUGUUGAGCGUGCAUGCAUACAUACACACCAUUUGAAUGGGUAUGUAUGGGUGCAGCGUGUGUGUGUGAAGCAUUUGUGUGUAUGUGCACUGAAUGCCCGUAUUCAGGUUAAUCUGUCAUCUCAAACCAAGCAUUCCACAGAGCAGUCCCGCUCUCUCACCUAUACAGCAUGGUUACAGUUCCCAUGAAGUUACCCUGACAGCAAUGAUGCAAUUAGGGGUUAGGGAUAUUUGUAUGUAUCGGUAGGUAUUAUUAGGUGUGGGGAGAGCUAGGACAAGGGGUUAGAAAAAAGGUAGGUAAAGAAGUAAUCAAAUAACCUUAAUGGGAUCAUUUCAUGUGUGUUAAAGUGCAGGAUUGUUUUCAGAAAUUAUCUAUAUUCUAUAUCUAUAUUUACCAAUUGGCCAUUAUAAUUGUACCUCCAAUACUCCCCCACAUGCCAAACAUUUUAUCACACUAUAGGUGUCAAUUGGGCCUAUAAAAUGGCAACUCAGGUUCACCUGCCUUCAUUGUGUGUGUGUGGGUGUGUGUGUGUGUGUGUGUGUGUCAUAUACUGUACCUAUUGUAAGUGUACUAUACCUACUGAGCUUGAAUUUGUAUUACAGAUUUGCAAUUUCACUGUAAUGUUAUUCUGUAUUAGCCCACAGUAUUAAUUGAACGGGCCCCAGUUAACUGGUUUGAAACUGUGCCAUUCAGCCAGAGCAGAUGUUUGUAUUUCACUUGUUUGACAUUUAUGAUUUUCAUAUAAACACCUGUUGCCUAUCAUA